AUGUCGGUUGUCCCUCCAGCCUGGCAGUUCCUCCCUCUGUCUCAGGUGGAGCUGGGCCCUCUUUUCUCCAACUCAACCCCCUUCUCCUUCUCCCAGAGCCUGUUUAUGGUGCGCCCGCCUGGCGAGGCCCCCAGACCAGGUCUCCAGGCUUCAUUUGGCCCUUCCUCAGUGACACAGCUCUUAUCAGAGCCUCUCCUCCCUCUCUCUCCCCUGCUGUACGCCUCCCUCCUCUCAGAGCAUGUGGAGAUAGAGAGGGAUGAGGGCAGGCAGAAGAGGUUCAGGCUGAGGACGCUCUUCCAUAAGCGGGGUGACAACAGCACCCAAGGGACCUGCAUCACCCUGCAUGCCUUCAAGGACACAGAGGAGCACAAGGCCUCCUGUAUCACACAGCCUCCUCUAGGGCUUUGCGUGGUAACUUUGACACUGCCGAGCGAUUGGUUUGAGGAUCAACACACCAGCCAAUCACAUCAGGAUUUUGGUGUUGAUGAGGACACCCAGGGGCAUGUUCCAUGGGCCCUCAGACACCAACGGGUUCCCAACAGAAACCAAAUACAGCUUUACUACUCCUCCUCCGACACUGUGGUCGACCUCCAUCUGACACCACCAGGAUGUGUGGAGGACAGAGCAGCUCAAUCCCAGAGGCAGCUCUUCCAUAUCAAAGCAGUGACACUGAAGGAGGAACAGAGAGAGCAGAGCAGGGCCAAAGGGAAAGAAGAAACAUGUUUGAACGGGCAGGAAGAGGAGGAGCUUAGCUUGGACCCCCAUGUCAUGAUUCGCUAUCACAGGGGCCCGGCCCUGAUAGAACAGCCAAUCAGAGUGUCUUUGAAUCUGAGGGCUAACUUCAGUGGUGAGCUUGUUGUCAUAAGGCUGAAGGUGAAGAAGGGCUUGGUGUCGAUGGUGGCCCAGAAAACUCUGACCUCUGACUUGUGGGCAGUGACCCUGGAGAGAAGCCAAGGCUCCAAACAUGACGUGGUGUCUAUCCUGUGCCGCAAACACAGCACACAAAAGCACACACACAAUCCCACUUUACUACAGCAGGUGGUGUGUCUGUCAGUCCACGGCCUGAGGCAGAGCUUCAGUGUUGCCAUGACGGUGUCUGCUAACUGGUGGGUGGAGUACUCUGGGCAUAUACAACAACUAUUGCCACAUGGAGCAGCAGUCAGCAUCUUCUCAUUUGCCGAUCGACACAUCUUUAGCAUCGCUCCCAUCACAGAGAGUAACACGAUCAUCAACACAGCCAUACUGACCAACCAGCCGGUGUCACUUCCUGUCAUUGUGCUGGCCAUAAACCAUAAUGGGAAGGUGUCGGAUGUCACCUCUGCAGUCACGUGCCACUCUACCAACGAGAACACUGUCAAGGUGUCCAGCGAUUGCUCAACCCUCUUUGUGGACGGCAGCGAAUCAGGGUUGGGUAACACCUGUGCAGUGGUGGAGUUUCUACUGGGUGCACUUCGCGGCUCUGUGUGUGUGGAGGUGUGGGCUCCUUCAGUGCCCCUGCGAGUGUCCUUGGCAGACCCUGUUCUCAACGCCAUCGAUGGCUGGAACCACUUCACAAAGACCGGGUGUGUACCAGUGUAUCAGCGCUCCUCCGUUCAGGUUCUGACUCAGUUCACAGCUCAGGAUUCUCAUAGCAGAACCACACACCUUCUGGGCUCAUCUGAUUGGUUCGUGGAUGUUACAGAGCUGGUCCGUAAUUGGCUGAGAGAGGCGUCCAUCAGUGUCUGGCUCCAGUUCAGUGACGACACCGCCUCCCUCCUCUCCUCUUUUAGCGACCUUCCCUUUGUCCUACGUCUUUCCUCAUUGGCUGAGACUGUGGUUGUUGUGAUGCCCGGUUCCAGCCCACGCAUAUUCGCCCAGGGGGAUGGAGGCGGACCUCUGCUGCCCGCAGAACUUCUGGUUUCAACCUGCACUGACCAGCCAAUCACCUCCAACUCGAUCAGUGAAGGAAACAGGGACUGGACAGACACCGGAGGAGGAGGCGGGGCCAGGAGGCUGGCGAGGGGAUCUGGUUGGAUAAGAGUCAACCUGGACCUGGACUUCCUGCAGCCAGUAGGGGAUAAGGAUGAUGAGGGGGAUACGUUCGAUCUCGACAUCUCGGGCACGCUGGCUGAAUCAGACAGCGACAUCUAUACAUCGAACUUUGACGAGGACGAAAGUGAGAAUGUAAGCAGUGACUACUAUGACAAAAUCAGUGGGAAUAGGCCUGAAAGACACUGGAACCAGCUGGGGUACGGUGAGAUGGUCAGUCGGAACAAUCUGGAAAGAGCUGUGCUGAUGCCCAGCCAGGAGGAGGGCGCUGUGUACUUCUCCCCAAGCCAGGAGAAGGACGGAAAGCGGGAGGAGGACGUGGAAGGGCGAGCAGCCAGAGAACUGGAGGUGGGUGUGGGCGCCGUCCUCUCUCUGCUCUGUCUCUCUGCUGUCCUCUUCCUGGUCAACUGUCUGCCCUGUGCCCUGCGAGACAGAAGGACGGAGAAGGAGAUGGAAGGAGAACUAGAGGGAGGUACAAGGGCCCACGAGGAAAAGGAGAGGGAGAAGAGAGAAGGGGGCGACGAGAUAAAGCAGCAGCAGGAGCCGAACAAUACAGAGGAUAUUAAAGAGGUCGAGAUCAUGUGCUGA